AUGUGCUUCAUUCAACAAGCAAGCCUCAAGCUGCACAUGAGAAUUCACACUGGAGAGAAACUGUUCACCUGCUCACAGUGUGGAAAGAGUUUCUUAAUGAAACAAAACCUCGAAAGGCACAUGAGAAUUCACACUGGAGAGAAGCCGUUCACCUGCUCUCAGUGUGGGAAGAGUUUCACGCAACCAGAACACAUUAAAAGUCACAUGAGAAUUCACACUGGAGAGAAGCUUACCUGCUCCCAUUGUGGAAAGAGUUUCACAGUAAAACAAAGCCUUGAGAGUCACAUGAGAAUUCACACGGAGAAACCGUUCACCUGCUCUCAGUGUGGGAAGAGUUUCACAGUGAAACAUAGCCUUAAGAAUCAUAUGAGGAGUCACACUGGAGAGAAACCGUUCACCUGCUCUCAGUGUGGGAAGAGUUUCACAGUGAAACAAAGCCUUAAGAAUCAUAUGAGGAGUCACACUGGAGAGAAACCGUUCACCUGCUCUCAGUGUGGGAAGAGUUUCACAGUGAAACAUAGCCUUAAGAAUCAUACGAGGAUUCACACUGGAGAGAAACCUUUCAUCUGUUUUCAUUGUGGAAAGAGUUUCACAAAGAAACAAAGCCUUGAGAGUCACAUGAGAAUUCACACUGGAGAGAAACUGUUCACCUGCUCACAGUGUGGAAAGAGUUUCUUAAUGAAACAAAACCUCGAGAGGCACAUGAGAAUUCACACUGGAGAGAAGCCGUUCACCUGCUCUCAGUGUGAAAAGAGUUUCACGCAACCAGAACACCUUAAAAGUCACAUGAGAAUUCACACUGGAGAGAAACCGUUCACCUGCUCUCAGUGUGGAAAGAGUUUCACGCAACAAGGAAGCCUUGAGAGUCACAUGAGAAUUCACACUGGAGAGAAGCCUUUUACCUGCUCCCAUUGUGGAAAGAGUUUCACAGUAAAACAAAGCCUUGAGAGUCACAUGAGAAUUCACACUGGAGAGAAACCGUUCACCUGCUCUCAGUGUGGGAAGAGUUUCACAGUGAAACAAAGCCUUGAGAGUCACAUGAGAAUUCACACUGGAGAGAAGCCUUUCAUCUGUUUUCAUUGUGGAAAGAGUUUCACAAAGAAACAAAGCCUUGAGAGUCACAUGAGAAUUCACACUGGAGAGAAAACGUUCACCUGCUCUCAGUGUGGGAAGAGUUUCACGCAACCAGAACACCUUAAAAGUCAUAUGAGGAGUCACACUGGAGAGAAACCGUUCACCUGCUCUCAGUGUGGGAAGAGUUUCACAGUGAAACAUAGCCUUAAGAAUCAUACGAGGAUUCACACUGGAGAGAAACCUUUCAUCUGUUUUCAUUGUGGAAAGAGUUUCACAAAGAAACAAAGCCUUGAGAGUCACAUGAGAAUUCACACUGGAGAGAAACUGUUCACCUGCUCACAGUGUGGAAAGAGUUUCUUAAUGAAACAAAACCUCGAGAGGCACAUGAGAAUUCACACUGGAGAGAAGCCGUUCACCUGCUCUCAGUGUGAAAAGAGUUUCACGCAACCAGAACACCUUAAAAGUCACAUGAGAAUUCACACUGGAGAGAAACCGUUCACCUGCUCUCAGUGUGGAAAGAGUUUCACGCAACAAGGAAGCCUUGAGAGUCACAUGAGAAUUCACACUGGAGAGAAGCCUUUUACCUGCUCCCAUUGUGGAAAGAGUUUCACAGUAAAACAAAGCCUUGAGAGUCACAUGAGAAUUCACACUGGAGAGAAACCGUUCACCUGCUCUCAGUGUGGGAAGAGUUUCACAGUGAAACAAAGCCUUGAGAGUCACAUGAGAAUUCACACUGGAGAGAAGCCUUUCAUCUGUUUUCAUUGUGGAAAGAGUUUCACAAAGAAACAAAGCCUUGAGAGUCACAUGAGAAUUCACACUGGAGAGAAAACGUUCACCUGCUCUCAGUGUGGGAAGAGUUUCACGCAACCAGAACACCUUAAAAGUCACAUGAGAAUUCACACUGGAGAGAAAUCGUUCACCUGCUCUCAGUGUGGGAAGAGUUUCACAGUGAAACAUAGCCUUAAGAAUCAUAUGAGGAUUCACACUGGAGAGAAACCUUUCAUCUGUUUUCAUUGUGGAAAGAGUUUCACAAAGAAACAAAGCCUUGAGAGUCACAUGAGAAUUCACACUGGAGAGAAACUGUUCACCUGCUCACAGUGUGGAAAGAGUUUCUUAAUGAAACAAAACCUCGAGAGGCACAUGAGAAUUCACACUGGAGAGAAACCGUUCACCUGCUCUCAGUGUGGAAAGAGUUUCACGCAACAAGGAAGCCUUGAGAGUCACAUGAGAAUUCACACUGGAGAGAAGCCUUUUACCUGCUCUCAGUGUGGGAAGAGUUUCACGCAACCAGAACACCUUAAAAGUCACAUGAGAAUUCACACUGGAGAGAAACCGUUCACCUGCUCUCAGUGUGGAAAGAAUUUCACGCAACAAGGAAGCCUUGAGAGUCACAUGAGAAAUCACAAUGGAGAGAAGCCUUUUACCUGCUCUCAGUGUGGGAAGAGUUUCACAGUGAAACAAAGCCUUGAGAGUCACAUGAGAAUUCACACUGGAGAGAAGCCUUUUACCUGCUGUCAGUGUGGAAAGAGUUUCACGCAACAAGGAAGCCUUGAGAGUCACAUGAGAAUUCACACUGGAGAGAAACCGUUCCCCUGCUCUCAAUGUGGAAAGAGUUUCACAGUGAAACAAAAGCUUGAGAAUCACAAGAGGAUUCACACUGGAGAGAUGCCUUCCAUCUGCUGUCAUCAUGGAAAGAGUUUCACGCAACAAGGAAACCUUGAGAGUCACGUGAAAAUUCACACUGGAGAGAAUAUUUCUCAAUAG